AACCUACGGGACACUCUCAAUAUGCCCGUCAGAAGUCGCAGUCGUUCAAGAGAUCGCCAAAGAAGUCGCAGCCGAUCACUUUCUCUUGAACGCCGACGCCGCCGCCGCUAUUCCAGGUCGAGAUCGCGCUCGAGAUCAAAGGAGCGACGAAAGGACAGAGGUCGCAAGAGUAGGUCGAGGUCACCUCACGGACGGAGCAGAGAUAAGAGGUCUCGUUCAAGAUCACAUUCUCCCCGCCGUUCUCGACAUAACAGAUCAAGAUCAAGGGACCGGCAUGGAUCGUCUCGUUCAGACAAAGAGAAGAAAAAGGCCAAGAAGAAAUUAGAUGAGAUUGAGGAUGCAGAUGAGGAGUCUGUCAUGAGAAUGAUGGGUUUUGCUGGUUUUACGAGCACGAAAGGAAAGAAAAUUGAAGGGAAUGAUGUCAGUGGCACAAACAUAAAGAGUAAAAACAGAUAUAGACAGUACAUGAACAGGCAUGGUGGUUUCAAUCGACCACUGGACCCUAUGAAGUAGUAGACGGUAUGAAACAUAACUAUUUUUUACAUAGUCUUUAGUCCUAGAACUGUGAAGGUGUCUAAGUAUAAUAUCUGUAAGAUGGUUCACUUGAUAAAUGCAAGGAAACUGAUUCUUUUUGUUCAUAUCAUGUGUGCUCAUGUUGUGUAUCAAUAUCAGAUGCUUUCAG